GAUAAGUAAAUUCUGACCCCACUAUCAGCGAGUGAUCUCUUGGUCAUAACACAUUUUAUUCCUCCGUGGUCUUACUACGGCGACCCCAAAACCUUUCGUAGCUUAACUGCCAUUCUGAACACACGCUUAAGGAUAUCAUUCAUUUUGUUUCAGAUCAAUAAUGGAUAUACUAGAAGACUCUGCUUACUACCUUGAAUCAUAUGCAGCAUUCGUAUCACAACAUAAUAAAUUCAAUAACUUACUAGAGUUGACUGAGUCGGUGUUUGUAGAAGAUGUCGUUAAGCAGCUGAACACUGAAGAAACUAACAUUCGAAUGUUGGGGAUUGGUAGCUCUUCAGGACGAAUAGAGAUUCCUUUCAUCAAGCAAUUAUUAAAUCGUUUCCCAAACAUCGAGAACACAGUUGUUGAACCAAGUGCCGACGCAAUUGUUGCAUACCAAAGUUCCAUAAAGGGCAAGUGGAACAACGUAAAGUUUUCAUGGUUCAACGGUACAUUUCAACAGUAUAGAGAACAACUUGAAUCAGCUGGAAAUGAUCAGAAAUUUCACCAUAUCAAUAUGGUGGAUUCCAUAUACUAUGUGGACAACGUAGAAGACGAUAUUUUAUUUAUGUACGAUAAAUUGGAGAAAGGAGGAAUCAUGCUUAUUGUGGUUCAAUCUGAUCAAUGUGUGAUGUACAAACUUAAGCAACAAUAUCCCAGUUUGUCACCAAAUAUUACGCAGCUUUGUUCCACCAGCAUCACUGACAUUUGCAAGACUAACCAAAUUCCAUUUCAUCUUCACCACCAAGAAAGUUAUGGUGACAUCACAGGGCUUUUUUCUUUGGACGGUCUCACAAGAAACGAAAAGUUGUUGCUGGAUUUUUGGACUGAAAUGAAAGAUUUUAAAAAACAAGUGCCAGAAAGUUUGUAUAAAGAAGUAAUUACAUUCAUCAAAAGCCCAAAAUGCUCAAAGGAAAUUGAAGGCAAAUUAAUGGUUAAUACUGAUAAUGAUAUGAUUUUAAUCAAAAAACAGGAUUAAGGUCUUGAAUAAGCAUUUAAUGACUUGCUGUGUAUAUUAUACGUGAUACUUGAUACGAUGAUCAUAUACUUGUAUUGGAGAGUAUAAGUCACACUAAUUAAUAUUAAUAAUUACAAUAUAUCAAAAAUCAAAUCAACAUCAAAUUUUAUUCAAGAAUUGUAGCUUGUAGCUUUCCAUCUAAAAUUAAAUAUGGCAUAAAAUGAAAAAAUGGUUACAACUACAAUAAAUAACAAAGUGAGCCUUAUCUAAACAUUUAAAUUACCAAAAAACAAAUUGAUAAAGACGAAAAGGUAGAAAACAAUUUUUGGGGAAAUUAUUAGUGGAUAUGUUACAUUAUUAAAUAUAUUUUUAAAUACCGAUAAGUCUGCUAAUUCUCAUAAUUUUACAUCUGAUUGAGUACAUUUAUGGUGUGUGGUAUGGGGUUGUUUUUGUACCUAUUAGUUCUGACUUUUGGUAGUUCAUAUGUAUUACAUUUUUUAGAUUAAGGUGGUACGAGAUUCUAAUGGGGAGCCAAGAUUUAAUUUAGCAAAAUCUAAACAUGACUUAUGUCUUCUGGUUUGAGAUAAUCAAGCUGGUAUGGAUAGAGCAUUAUCGUAGUUGUCAUAUAGAUUAGAACUCUUUUCUGUAUACUUUCUAAUAUAUCAACAAUGGCGGAUCCAGGAAUUGGAAAUAGUGGGAACCCAGGGAGGGGAUUUCACAGACUGGAUAGUUGAGACCGAGGUAAGAAAAAGUAUUAUUAUGGCACUAGAUGGCCGGAAAUGGCAUUUUCAGACUUAAAUUUCAACAUAAUUUUCCUUUUUUACUCAAUUUUAAAAUAUAGUUUAGGGAAAUUGUUGGGGGGGGGGCGCCCUUGAGUCCGCAACUAGUCAAUAUGCUUAGUGGUUAAACUAGCAUUUUAGACAGGAGUAACAUGCUCCAGUACAUGUCUAUGUAGCCUUUAUACACUACAACAAGAUCAGAUAGCGGCAACUUAAUUUUUUUUUUUUAGUAACUUGAUCACGUAAAACUUCUUAUUAGCUUUUUUUUUUUAUUAUAUAAUUAUUAUAUAUUAUUAUUGUAAUCAUCCCACUUAUCGUUAGCAUUGACCGUUAACCUUGGCCUAUUUGUUAAUUUUUGUUAAUUUGGGUAGACAAUAAAUUGUGUAUUGACUGCAAUGAAUGAACAUAAUUAUUGUUAAUAAUAAACAUAAGAAAUCAAGCUA